CCUUUUUUGUAUAUGGUUGUUGAGCCUAGAAAGAACAUAAAAAAGAAAACACUUAUUUAAUUUGAGUGCACUUCAGUACCAUAAUCCACAAUUUUGAUUCGGUGCUAUGGGAAUUACGUUAAUAGAUUAUCUUUCAAGCUGCAUUGUUUACCUAUUGUAUUUUCUAUGCUUAUUAUUGAUUUUGAGUUUCAGCAAGUUUAUUUACAAACAAUGGUGGACUCCGAAUCGGAUUCAGUCGUCGAUGAAAUCGCAAGGAAUAAAAGGACCUUCUUACAGAUUAUUCCAUGGAAACAUCAAAGAGAUAGCUUAUAUGAGAAAGGAGGUCACCAAGAAUCCUAUGGAAUUGUCACACCAUUUACUCCCAACAAUUCAGCCUUAUAUAUACUCUUGGACCAAGCUCUAUGGGAUGAACUUUCUGCUGUGGUAUGGCCAACGACCUCAGUUGGUAGUUACAGAACCUGAAUUAGCCAAAGAAAUACUAACCAGCAAAGAAGACACAUUUCACAAAGUUGAAUUCCAGGAGUUUAUCAGGAAACUAUUAGGUGAUGGACUUGUAUUAUCCAAAGGAGAAAAGUGGAUGAAGAUGCGUAAACUCGCCAAUCAUGCUUUCCAUUCAGAGAGCUUGAAGAGCAUGGUUCCUGCAAUGAUAGAAAGUACCGAGAUAAUGCUCGACGGAUGGAGAACCCGUGAAAGAAAAGAGAUUGAUGCGUUCCAAGAAUUCAAAGUUUUAACAUCAGAUAUCAUUUCCAGAACUGCGUUUGGAAACAGCUAUCUGGAAGGGGAAAAGGUUUUUCAAAUCCUACAGAGGAUGAUCUCCAUUAUUGCAGAAAACCAUUUUAAAGUGAGAAUUCCUGGAAUUACCAGAAGAUUUUUCAAAACAAGUGACGAAAUCAAAUUGCACAAACUUCAGCAAGAGAUAAGAAACACAAUCAUAGAAAUGGUAAAGAAAAGAGAAGAGGCUGCAAGGAUGAGUGGGCUACAUAGCUACGGAGAUGAUUUUCUCGGAUUGCUCAUUAAAGCGUAUAGGGAUUAUGAUAAGAAGAAGAAGAUAACAAUAGAUGAAAUGGUUGAUGAAUGCAAGACCUUUUAUGUUGCUGGACAAGAAACAACCGCAAGCUCACUCGCUUGGACCACUCUUCUUCUUGCAACCCACACGGACUGGCAAGACGAAGCAAGAAAAGAGGUUGUUCAACAUUUUGGCCAGCAGACACCAACAGCGGAUGGUAUUGGAAGAUUAAAGAUAAUGAGCAUGAUCAUCAAUGAAUCUUUGAGGUUAUAUCCUCCUGUUCUUCAAAUAUCAAGGAAGGUCCCAAGAGAACUCAAACUGGGGAAACUAAUUCUUCCACAAGAGAUGGAAACGGCAAUUCCAACACUAGCACUUCACACGGACUGUCGAGUAUGGGGAGAGGAUGCUUACCUUUUCAGACCAGAGAGAUUUGCAGAGGGGGUGGCUAAAGCAACAAACAAUAACAUCUCUUCAUUUAUUCCAUUUGGUAUUGGACCUCGAAAUUGCGUUGGUUUUAACUUCGCGAUCACAGAAAAGAAAAUUGUUCUGUCGAUGAUUCUUCAGCGAUACAGGUUCACUUUGUCACCUGCAUAUGUACAUUCACCGGUUCAAGUUCUCACAAUGUGUCCAAGAUAUGGAGUUCCAGUCAUUCUCGAGGCAUUAUAAACUUUAAUCAGUACUAUAAAUAGCAGAUUCAAAAAGCAGAUUAAUUAGUUAUCAAGUUGUCAUCUUAAAGCUCAGUUAUAAAUGAAAUAAUUGUAUGUCAAACACUUAUAUGCAAAAUCUUUCAAGCUGCAUUGUUUACC